CUGCGGGCCUCCGAGGCAGCGGCAAGGCGGGCGCGGCGGGGCGCGGCGGAAGGGGACAAGAUCAGGGCUGGAGGCAAGCGCUCAAUCGGGAGAGCUCGGCACACACCCAGCAAGAUGCUCUCCUGGCGGCUGCAGACAGGCUUCGAAAAGGCCGAGCUGCAGGAGCUCAACGCCCGGCUCUAUGACUACGUGUGCCGCGUACGGGAGCUGGAGCGCGAGAACCUGCUGCUGGAGCAGGAACUGCGCAGCCGGCUGGGCCAGGAGAGCCGCUGGGCCGAGGGCCAGGCGCGCUUCGCCGAGGAGGCGCGCAGCCUGCGGCAGCAGCUAGACGAACUGAGCUGGGCCACUGCGCUGGCCGAGGGAGAACGCGACGCGCUGCGACGGGAGUUGCGGGAGCUGCAGCGGCAGGACGCGGAGGCCAGCGCGGCCCGCGGCCGUCUGGACGCCGAGCUAGGCGCGGAGCGGCGGGAGCUGCAGGAGGCGCUGGGCGCGCGCGCCGCCCUUGAGGCGCUUCUGGACCGGCUGCAGGCAGAGCGCCGCGGCCUGGACGCGGCCCACGAGCGCGAGGUGCGGGAGCUGCGAGCCCGCGCCGCUAGCCUGACCAUGCACUUCCGAGCCCGCGCCGCCGGCCCCGCCGCGCCCCCGCCGCGCCUGCGGGGUGUGCACGACAGCUACGCGCUGCUGCUGGCCGAGUCGUGGCGGGAAAGCGUGCAGCGGUACGAGGACGAGGUGCGCGAGCUGGAGCAGGCGCUGCGCCGCGGCCAGGAGAGCCGGCGCGAGGCGGAGGAGGAGGCGCGUCUGUGUGCACAGGAGGCCGACGGGCUGCGGCGCGAGGCGCUCGAGCUGGAGCAGAUGCGCGUGCGGCUGGAGGACGAGCUGAUGCGGAUGCGGGAAGAGUGCUCACUGCAGGCGGAGGAGAGGCAGAGAGUAAUAGACUGCCUGGAAGAUGAGAAGGAAGCCCUCACGUUGGCCAUGGCUGACCGGCUACGGGACUACCAGGAGCUUGUGCAGGUGAAGACUGGCCUCAGCUUGGAGGUGGCCACCUACAGGGCCUUAUUGGAAGGAGAAAGUAAUCCGGAGAUACUGAUCUGGACUGAGGACAUAGAAAACAAGCCACAAGAAUUUAGAAACACAUCUUAUCGCUAUACUGACUCAGUAUUACAGAGGAAAAACGAACUAAAUCUCUUCCCAAGGCAAAAAUCACCUUGGAUGGCUGUAAAUCACAGCUCGGCUCUAUAUUUGAAAGAAUCGGGGCCCCUUGGACCUCAGACAGCCACAAAUGCUGGAAGUGCUGCCGGAAGAGGGUUCCUGACCUCGGGGUAUUCUUCCUCAGCUACUACCUGGCAUGAAAAUGCCUAUGAGAAAACCAUCAACAGUCAAGCCAAUUUCAGUACUGUCUCAAAAACCAAUGGUCUUGCAAAAAGUACUGUUGCUCAAGUGAAAACAUUCCCAGACAGACCAAAAGUUGAAGGCAUCAGGGACAUGCCCACACGCUUGGCCACAAAGCCCAUUGUUGUCCGGGAGUCAUACCAUGAUCAUCGAGGCAGUGUGGAGGUAGGUGGUGGGGCCAGCACUCCGUCAAAUGAGAGGACUGUCAUUUUGGGAAAGAAAAUAGAAGUGAAAGCCACCAGGGAACAAGAAAGAGAUGGACAAGGGUUCAUCAAAAUAAAGCCAGACAAGAAAAUGUUUGAUUCGAAAGAGAAGGCCUCCGAGGAAAGAAACUUGAGGUGGGAAGAACUGACCAAGUUAGAUAAAGAAGCGAGAAAGAGAGAAAGCCAGCAGAUGAGGGACAAGGCCAAAGAGAAGGAACCAGGGAAGCAGAACAGUGUGAAGGAAAGGGAAGUAGCCAUCAACCUAGAGGUAUCCCAGGGCAGCAGACAAGAGGCGUCCAUGAAAGGCUUGCAGGCACCUGGGAAGAAGGAUGCUGGUGAGAGUAAGGGGAGAGAGGCAGAGACGAGAGAGAUGAGGUUCCGGUUGGAUACCCACGACCCUGCCAGUUUGCUGCAAGGUGAUUCUACCACAGAAACUAUAGCAGAAAAUAUUGUCACCACCAUCCUUCAGCAGUUUACCCAGUCUCCCAACGUCGAAGAGACUGCUCAUUCUUCCCCAGACACAAAAGUAACUUACGUAAACAGGAAAGAAGUUCCUGGUGAAAGGAAAACAAAGACAGAAAUAGUCGUGGAGUCUAAGCUGACAGAAGACAUCGAUGUUUCUGAUGAAGCUGGCCUGGACUACCUUUUAAGCAAGGAUGUCAAGGAAGUGGGGCUGAAAGGAAAGUCAGCUGAGAAGAUGAUAGGAGAGAUGAUCAAUCUUGGUCUGAAAGGAAGGGAGGGGAGAGCCAAGGUUGUCAAUGUGGAGAUUGUGGAAGAGCCCAUGAGCUACGUAGGUGGUGGGAAGGCAGAGGAGUUCUCUACCCCCUUCCAAGUGGAAGAAAUCGAUGAUGUGCCUUCCAGCUCCAAGGGGCUUGUUGAGGAAGAGAAUGAUGAUGGAGAGACCGAUGUGGCAUUCUCAGUGUACCAGCAUCAAAGGACCAAGCACCCCCAGGGAAAUAUCCCUCAUGUGGAAGAAGUGACAGAGGCAGGCGACUCAGAGGGAGAGCAGAGCUACUUUGUGUCUACCCCAGAUGAAUACCCUGGGGUACAUGACAGAGAGGAUGAUGGUUCAGUGUAUGGGCAGAUCCACAUUGAGGAAGAGUCCACUAUCCGGUACUCCUGGCAGGAUGAAAUUGUGCAGGGGACUUGCAGACGGAAAAAGAAGGACACGGGGGAAGAGAAGGAUGUGAAGGCCCUAGAGGUUCCAGCACCUUCCAUGGCUGGUAUGGUGGGUUCUGCUCACUGGAAAGAAGAAGCUAGUGGUGAAUUGCAUGCUGAACCUACAGUCAUUGAGAAAGAAAUAAAAAUACCACAUGAGUUCCACACCUCCAUCAAGGGUGUCUUCUCCAAGGAGCCCCGGCACCAGCUGGUGGAGGUCAUUGGGCAGCUGGAGGAAACCCUUCCAGAGCGCAUGAAGGAGGAGCUAUCUGCCCUGACCAGAGAGGGUCAAGGCGAGCCUGGAAGUGUCUCAGUGGAUGUAAAGAAAGUCCAAAGCUCUGCUGGUGGCUCUGUGACCUUGGUAGCUGAGGUCAACCUUUCCCAGACUGUGGAUGCUAAUCAGUUAGACCUGGAAGAGUUGAGCAGGGAUGAAGCUGGGGAAAUAGAGAAGGCUGUGGAGUCAGUGGUGAGAGAGAGCUUGAGCAAGCAGUCCAGCCCAACACCUAGAAGCCCCGACAGGGAAGAUGGAGAGGAAGUGCCAGCUGGUGGCAUUCUUUUUAAGCGCUGGGCCACCAGGGAACUGUACAACCCAUCUGAUGAGAGGGAUGAUGAUGGCCCAGCCUCUCACAGUUUGGACCAGCCCACUGCCCAGGGCCCGGUGUCGGCCACUGUGGAAGUCACCAGCCCAAGAGGCUUUGUACAGUCUCACAUGCUGGAGGAUGUAAGCCAGUCCAUAAAACAUGUUAAACUAGGCCCCACUGAAAUGUGGAGGACUGAGCAGGUGUCUUAUGGAGGACCCACCCCACAGGUGGUAGAGGUAAGUGGGGACUUGAGUCAGAAGGCCUCUGAGGGAGUCAGCCGCUCUGUUAGGCACUUUACAUUGGGUCCCCACCAAAGUCAAGUGUCCACAGAAGUCAUCUUCCGAGGCCCUAUCUCUGCCUGGCAGGAGACAGGAAACAUAGAAGAGCCAGACCCAGUAGCACUGUCUGUAGAAACUGACACCCCAGGGAGCCACAGCAUGUUUGGCUCUGAGCAGUUUUGUGCUGAAAAGGAAAUUCAUUUUCAGGGUCCUAUUUCUGGGGGAGCACAAGUUGGUAGUAACCUUGCAAAUGAAGAGUCAGUGGGUGCCCAGACUUUUGUUAGGCACCUCCAGUUAGGCCCUAAAGAAGGACUCAGAGAGGAAAUCCAGUUCAUAGCUCCCCUCCCAGACAAAGUGGAGUGGGGUGUAGGAGGGGAGUCUGUGCACACUCAAGAGUCACUAGGGAGGAGUACAUCCAUUCGGCACAUUGAUCUUGGACCUCAGAGGUACCAAGCCUCCAUAGCUCCCCAGAUAGUGGAACUUAGCAACUCAGAAGACAUUGUCCAGAUCGAAGGCUCAACAGAUAUGACCCACACCACUCACAGUUACACCUCAGGUCAAAAAAUCCUCAUGACUGAAAAGAAUACAUUCCAGGGGGUCGUUUCUGAGUCCCCUCAGGACAGUGUGGGGGACAAUGGGACAGAGGCGACUGUAGGCAUCAGUAGAUCCUUCAGACACAUUCAGCUAGGUCCUACGCAGAAGGAAACCUCUGAGCACAUUGUCAUCCACGGACCCAUGUCUAAAACAUUUGUACUCCCUGGUUCAACCGCCUCCCCUGAGCUAGGCCAGUCAGCAGACAGCAGCAACACACUAAGCCACACUGCACUGGGGCCCAAAGAAACUUCGUUUACCUUUCAGAUGGACGUGAGUAAUGCAAGGGCGAUCCGCAGCUGGACCCAAGAUGCAGGGUCAGAAGUGGAAGCUCACAGUGUGUCUGACGGUGGUGGCUGGAGAGCCGCUCACAGUAGGAAUGAGCGGGUAGCUGUUACGAGUUCUCAGGCCUCCGCUGGGGAUGGACACCAGACCCUCGGAGAAAAGGGCACGGAACAGGCUGGGUUUGACAAGACGGUACAGCUGCAGAGAAUGGUAGACCAAAGGUCGGUGGCAUCAGAUGAAAAAAAAGUUGCUCUCCUCUAUCUAGAUAAUGAGGAGGAGGAGGGUGAUGGAUGGUUUUGAUAAACAAAAUAUCCUGUCUUAAAUGGCACUUUGGUAACAUACCAACAUACAAAAGCCUUUACUAAUUUUAUGGAGCAGGGGGAGGCUGGUUAUCAAAACUUCUCUUUGUUUAGAGAACCCCAAGUGAUGCCAAUCUGCUUUAGCUGAUGUGUAAAUGUUUCAGAUUGACUUGUGCCUUUAAAGGCUUUGGAAUUUUGCAUUUGAGUUGGGACUUUUACAAACACUUUUAUCUUUUUUGGUCUUAAAAAGUUCCUUUUUCUGAUAUUUUUCCCUCCCCUUGUGGAGACAGUUUCUAUCAGUUUUGCAUCUGGUCACAGACAUUGCUUACAUUGUUUGAAAUUAUCUAUAAGCAAGACGUCUAAACAUUAGCUAGAUAAAAUAAUAUAUUUAAGAGUAGAUUUUGCUUGCAUGUGCUAAUAUGAAAUAAUGAGCUAACACUGUAAAGGAAAAAAAUAGAUUUUUCUCUUUCCUAGGGCUUUUAAAAAGAAAUCAUAGAAAAUAAGCAAGACUGUAUGUUUUUUAAAAAAACCUACUAAAUGAUUUCUUUAGGAAAAAGUUAUUUAGGAGAGAUUUUUUAGUAAUUUUAAGUUGAAUGAAUUGUUUUCUAUAUGUAAAACUUUAAGAAAAAAUGCUUAAUAUUAUUUAUGGAGCACUCAGCUUUAUCUGCUAUUAUCAAAUCCACAUAUCUGUGCUGUCUGUACAGGGUCUCUUCCCCUGGUCCACAGAUCCAGGAAAUUAAGACCAGGAAUUGCUUACAAUACCAUUUCUUUUAUGAAGUACUAGGUUGUGAGGUAGCUCACAGUCAGAAUACUUUCUUGUGCUGACCUAAGGUCUGGAGCACAAACUCCUGGAAGCUGUGUCCUUGAGCCUCUCCAUGCCUCAGCCCUUAGCAUCAGAACCGUGCUGCAGAGAGGCAACCCUGCAGACAGUAAGGAAGGUGUGGCUGCUUAGGCUGCCCAGACUGGCAAAUUGGUCCUGGCAGGAACAUGAGAAGCACAAAGUAGACUUUGCUUCCCAAAGGAGUCAUUCUAAGCCCCCAUUUUAUGGUUUGGAGAUCUUUCUGCGCUCCAAGACUGAAGAUGCAAAAGCAACAGCCAUAAACAAACCUCACAGAAGUUUUUUGCACUUUGGACAGAAAUCAUGAGAAUGGGGGUGUUUUGUCCAGGGAAAUGGAUAAUUGCUAGGUAGAAUAGUGUUUGGGGGAAAGAACUGGGUGUUUCCUAUGCAACCCAGCACAAGGCACCCAGGGCAGGCUCUGGAACAUGACAAGUCCCACUCUCAUGGGUCACAGAACGUGGACCUUAAGAUGUGUACCACUGAGUUUAAUAGGAUGAAUGUGCUCAUUUGGAAUUGUUCUUUUACACAUGGGUAUUGUUUUUGAAGCUACAUAACAUAACAUAAAAAUGGUCUCUAAUAGCACAGCAUCCUGUUAGUGUGGACUGGCUGCUUUUACACAAUGUCUGAGCCACGCUUCAUGUAACCCAGGCCACAGACCUGCCUGUAGUGCACUGAGGAAGAAGAAUCAGAGGUGAUGCCACUUUCAAGAAGGGUAGGAGUGUGGCACUGGAGGGACCCUGCCCCAUGUGUCUCACAGAUCACAUCCUGGGUUCCAGUCCCAGGAAUGACAACAGCAGGGGGACUGGGGAGAGUGUGUUUUCUACAUUGAUAACUGGAGGAGAAAUACAGCAUGGCUUUCAAAAUAAUGAUUUUUAAAAGUGCUUUGCAUCAGGGUAUAGAGAAAAAGCUGGUUUGAAUGGAAGGUUUAAGCCUUUGUUAUCCAUCUGCCAAAAAUGAACUUCUUUUUAUCAGCCUAAUAUGGAGGCAACGGCUUUGCAGAAGCCUGUCAUUUCCAAUAUGGUCAAACAUGUGCUGAUUUAAUUUCACCGUAAUGGGUGAUGGUAUUUGUCUAAGUGAUAUAUUAGAAUGUGGUCAAGGUAACAGCUUCCCCAUGAUGACAAGAUAGAGUGACAGUGAGGAGUCUAUUAUGAGUCUAAUUGGCCUUGCUGGAUGCUGUUAUCUCAGCUCAUGAACUUGUAAAUGGAUUCUGGUAUGAGCAGGUUUUCAAUAUCCUGACCACUUUUACUUAUUUGAAAAAUAAACAUCUUAGAAUUAGAUCUUAAUUUUCAUUUCCAAGUUGGAAUGCACAUCAAGGAAGUGUUCUGCUUGUUUACCAGAAUGGAAUCAUGAGCUGUCGCUGGCUACCAGGUCUCUGACCUCUACAAUGUGGCAGAUUAUUCUAGUGCUCCCCCCACUUUUUGAAACUAGUUCCUCUGGAGUCAAGAGAAGUCAGCAAUGUGGUUGGACAGAGUGGGAACAUAUCCAGUCUUUUCCUGUUUAUUAUUGUUUAGACAAGACAAUAUUCAUUGAAUGCUUUUCAACUUCCCACAGGUUGUUUUGAUAGUUUAAGUGUCUGUUUAGAAUGGAAUCAUCUAAGAAGCUGAUUUUGCUAACCUCCUGUUCCCUACAAAGGGAAAUGUUACAAGAAUGUGUAGAAAUAAAGAUCUGAAGAGGAGAAAAAAA